AUGAAGACUCCAACCAUCAUGGUCUCAGAUCAAAAUCAUCCCGCCAAACAUGAUGGCGCCGCUGACCAGGAAUUUACUCACGAUCCUCUGGACCCUCCAAGGGCCAAUCCUAUUCUUCAAGCCAUGCCAGUGACGGUCUCCCAGUCAGGAAAGAGCAGGCUUGAGUUACUGCCCGACGAGCUCCUCGCCAUGGUCAUUGGACAGGUAGCCCCGGCCGACCACAGCCUCAAUGGCACACAGGCCUACAGAGCAAACCAAGAAAUCCUUCGCAGCCUCUGUCUGGUGUCCAAGACCGUGGAAGGAAAUGUCAGGCCAGCUCUCUACAGAGACGUGCGUCUGCAUGAGAACAUGGCUGUGGUCCAUCUCUGUGCAACACUCUGUGCAAACCCGACGCUGGGAAGACAUGUCAAAUCCAUCGUACUCAAUCCUCAUCAGGAUCCGAGAGGUCAGCAAAUAUGUGCCAUUGACCUGACACCUCUGCGCCCGUUCCAGGACGACGACUACAAAUUCUGGAUCAGAGGCAAGGGCAAGGCCGAGUGUCGGAUGCCACGAAGGACCAGGGACGAGCUGAUCUGCACACUCUUCUCCAAGAUCCUGUCCCGGAUUCCCGCUCUGGAGUCACUGUCCUUCAGGCUCCCAGCUCUGGGCAAAAUCCAACCCGAAUGCAUGGCCCUCCUUUCGAACAAGGUUCAGUUCACCAACCAGCUGAUGUUGCACCAACGUUUGUUCCGGGACUUUUACCAAGGAAACACUGUCCCGGACUUUUCCAACCUGAAGACAGUGGGAAUACUGGGUGGUGUACCGCGUUACUUCGCCAUGAAUCUUUGCACAAAGUUGUUCCGCCAGCCAAGUGUACGUACCGUCUUCUGGUCCAGCGUAGAUGGAAAGUCUGCAGCGCCUGAGGACAUGGAUGGGGGAAUAUGGCAGCACACCCUCAGCAAUGCGCAACUGUACUCGAUCGGCUCGAGAAUUAGCUACGCUUGGAUCUCCACAGCUGUGAAGAAUGUGGAGCUUAGAAGCAAGUGUGUCUCAAGCAUGGACAUCGCCAGAGUCGGUUCAGCCUUUCCCUCCCUCGAGUCUCUCACGAUCGACAAUUGCUACUUCGAAGACAAACCACACAACAUGUCUGCAGAGCACGGCCACAACCUCUAUCGCGUGCUCGGGGAGUUGGAGAACUUCAACACAUUUGUUCUCGACGUGAACAACCCAGAAGUUUUCACCACGGCCAACGUAACAGCUUCAGGGCCGUCCAAGUUGUUCAAGCUGUCUGCCUUGUCGAAGCUACAUACUCUACUGGUGCCAGUGGAUCUUGUUGUUUGUUUCACACAGGACAAGGACUUGAAGCCUCUGAUCCAGCGUACGACCACAAUCCUCCCCGAUUCGCUCCGCCAUCUCACUCUGCUUCUAAAUUAUGAGUGUAAGGAGAGGCUGGCGUGGGAGGGCACAGGCAGCAUGCAGAUGUCCAGGGUUACCAACAUGGUUGGGCCAUUUUUGCGAGAGGUUGCACCUCUCCUGCUCGUUGACUUCCCUCACCUGGAGGAAAUUGACCUCUGCUACGACAUGGAUGACUACCGCCAGAACAAAGUCCACCUCCUGGCUUCGCGAUUCACAGCCGUUGCAGAAGCAGCGUUUUGA